AUGGGUUCAGCUUCCGAAACCGUUUGCGUUACCGGUGCCGCCGGUUUCAUUGGAUCAUGGCUUGUCAUGAGACUCAUCCAGAAUGGCUAUAAGGUUCGAGCCACCGUACGCGACCCAGCUAACAUGAAGAAGGUGAAGCAUUUGCUGGAAUUGCCAAAUGCAAAGACCAACCUCUCUCUAUGGAAGGCUGAUCUUGCUGAAGAAGGAAGCUUUGACGAAGCCAUUAAAGGAUGCACUGGAGUUUUCCACGUCGCCACGCCCAUGGAUUUUGAGUCCAAAGAUCCUGAGAACGAAGUGAUAAAGCCUACAAUAAAUGGAUUAAUAGACAUCAUGAAAGCAUGCAUGAAAGCCAAAACUGUACGAAGGUUGGUAUUCACAUCAUCAGCAGGAACUGUGGACGUUACAGAGCACCCAAAGCCUCUUUUUGAUGAAAGUUGCUGGAGUGACGUUCAGUUCUGCAGAAGGGUGCGCAUGACUGGCUGGAUGUAUUUCGUCUCAAAGACUCUAGCGGAACAAGAAGCGUGGAAAUUUGCAAAAGAGAACAACAUAGACUUUAUCUCAGUCAUUCCACCCCUUGUCGUUGGCCCCUUCCUCGUACCCACAAUGCCACCAAGCCUAAUCACUGCUCUUUCACUCAUCACAGGAAAUGAGAGCCAUUACGCGAUCAUAAAGCAAGGUCAGUUCGUGCAUUUAGAUGAUCUUUGUCUUGCACAUAUAUUCCUUUUCCAACAUCCAAAAGCCCAAGGGAGGUACAUAUGCUGUUCACACGAGGCCACCAUUCAUGACAUUGCAUCACUGCUUAACCAAAAAUACCCUGAGUUCAAUGUCCCCACAAAGUUUAAGAAUAUACCAGAUCAAUUGGAAAUUAUUAGAUUUUCUUCAAAGAAGAUCACAGACUUGGGGUUCAAAUUUAAGUACAGCUUAGAGGAUAUGUUCACAGGAGCAGUUGAAACAUGCAAAGAAAAAAGGCUUCUUUCCGAAACUGCAGAAAUUAGUGGCACAACGCAGAAAUAA